UAUCGCAAGUCCUUUCAUAUGACUCUGACGAGAGCGGACCACUACGAGAAGACAACCGUGAGGAACUAUAAAAAUAUAGCCAAAUGUCUAUAAAUGUGCGGGUCACUACAAUGGAUGCUGAGCUGGAGUUUGCCAUUCAGUCCAGUACAACUGGUAAACAACUUUUUGACCAAGUUGUGAAAACGAUUGGACUCCGAGAGAUCUGGUACUUUGGACUGCAGUAUCAGGACAGCAAGGGCUUCUCUACAUGGCUGAAACUCAAUAAGCGGGUGAAAGAGGGGAUCUUGAACGAUGAUAUCUACUGUCCACCUGAAACGGCCGUUCUCCUGGCCUCAUAUGCUGUGCAGAUGAAAUACGGAGACUACAACAACGAAUAUCACGUGCCUGGAUAUAUGUGCAGAGACAAACUGCUGCCACAAAGAGUUCUAGAACAACACAAACUGACUAAAGAGCAGUGGGAAGAACGAAUCCAGGUGUGGCAUGAGCAACACAAACGCAUGCUCAGAGAGGACGCUAUGAUAGAAUACUUGAAGAUUUCCCAGGAUCUGGAGAUGUAUGGAGUGAACUAUUUCAGCAUCAAAAACAAAAAAGGAUCGGAGUUGUGGUUGGGUGUUGAUGCUUUGGGACUCAACAUAUAUGAACGUUCAGACAAGCUGACACCUAAGAUCGGAUUCCCUUGGAGUGAGAUACGGAAUAUUUCUUUCAGUGACAAGAAAUUUGUCAUUAAGCCCAUAGACAAAAAGUCACCGGACUUUGUGUUCUAUGCACCUCGUCUGCGCAUUAACAAGCGUAUCCUGGCUCUGUGCAUGGGAAACCAUGAUCUUUAUAUGCGACGCCGCAAGCCAGACACCAUUGAGGUGCAGCAGAUGAAAGCUCAGGCCAGAGAGGAGAAGAAUAAGAGACAACAAGAGAGAGCACUUCUGGAAAAUGAGAAAAAAAGAAGAGAAAAUGCAGAAAAAGAAACUGAGAAGAUUGCAAGAGAGACGAUGGAGCUCAUGGAAAGACUUCGACAAAUUGAAGAGCAGACCAAAAAAGCUCAAGAGGGUUGGAACUACAAAUGUCUACCUAUUAGUACAAAUGUCACAUUAAUAGUUUAUGGGUUUGAUAAAGUGUGUAAUUUCCUCUCAACUAACGUUACCAAAUAGAAUUGGAAAAAAAAAUAGUGGCUGUUCUUGAAUAGGUUUCCUAAAUACACCACCUGUCUGCAAUUGGUCACAUAGUCCCGCCACACGCUGAAGCUAUUGGUUGAUACAUUGUUGCUGUGAAAGGCUGGAUGCUCAAACGGAGACACCUUAAAUAUUUCUAUCAUAUUUUACUUUUCCGAAAAG